AUGAGUAACGUAUUCGACAAGCUGAAGAAGCAGAGGUCCAAAGAGUGCAAGGCGACAGACUUUUACGAGGUGAAAAACAAAAAUGACGAUAUUUACGAAGUGGUAGACGAAGAAGGGUACCUUGAAAACAAGAACUCUUUGAAGAAUUUCAUCGUUGGAGGCGACAAGGACUUCGACUCGAGCGAUGACGUAAUUGUGGAGGACAUUAACUACGGCCUUCUUCGGAAGAGGACGGCCGAGAAGGAAACCAAGGCCAAGAGGAACACACCCAUAGAUGACUUCAUCCGAGAAAAAAAAAUUCAGAAGAUUUUUUCCACAGGUAAAUUAAGCAAGGAAGAAAUAUCGAAGGCAAAAAACAUCGAGCGGUUGAUGGACGCGAAUUCCUCUUCGAGUGGCAGCGAGUCGGACCACCUCAACACGAAGAGGAAGACAAGGGAUUCCUACGAAAGGGAUCGUAGUGAUAAAAAAGGGUGUCACAUUAGGCAGAUCAUCCGUAGUAGCAAUAGGCAUACGGAUGUUAGUCAAGGGACAGAUGGAGAGAUAAAGACACAAUUGAAGGACAAGUGUGAAGAAAUUGUUGAGGGCACCGUUGCAGAGGAGGAAGACCAUCUCGUUGGGGAAGCAACACAGGAGAGAAACAAAAAAAGGAGAGUACUCACAGGGGAGGACUACCUCAAGGGGGGAGCUACUCCAGAAGAGGCUAACCACAAACCAGGGGAAAACUCAACGCAGAGUUGCAAAGGGGAGGAAGAAGGUGCAAAGCGGAGAAGUGAGAUAUGUGUACCUCCCAGUGGUAUCAAACAGGAGACUACAUCAGAGGGGCAACAAAGUGAUCAACUUAGCAUUGUAUCGAGGCUUGAGGAAAACCACCCCGUGGAGACAUUCCUACAAAUGGGAGACCCCCCACCUGUGACGCACAAAAUGAAGAUCGAACCGAGAGGAAGCACCUGCGAAGGGGGAGAAAACGAACAGGAAACGAGUCCAAUAAACGCACACAUAGGAUUGAAAAACAAACCAGAUGAGCUAGUCACAAACGAAGAAACUGGCUGUGUUAAUGUGUAUCUCUUCGACAUAUGCAAACACAGAAAUAGCGUUAUCCUGUUUGGAAGAACCUUAUCCAAAUUUAAGUUGUACAGAAGCGUGAGUGUAUAUAUUGAAGAAAUGCAUAGAUGUUACUACUUCCUGUUGUCAAAAAAAAUGAUUUACAGAAAAGAUGGGGUCGAAAUAAGGUAUGGACAUAAGAACUACAACACAUGCAUUAUGUCUGAUUUUUUGGAGGAGUUCCGAGCGGUGAGGAAGCAUCACAAUAUUGAGAGCAUCAAAUGUAAAAUCGUGAAACGCAGAAAUUUGAAUCUCAGCUCGAGUGAUGAAGAAAUGUAUGCCAAAAUUUUUUACUCGUACAACUGCGACCCGAUCAGCGAGAAAUACUUUUCUGGGAGGACAUACUCCGCUUUCUACUGCUGCAAUGAGGACAUUAUCGAAAAUUUUAUCAUUAAGAAGAACUUGAAGUUGCCUUGCUGGGUGAAGGUGAAGGGGCUCAAGUUGAACCCUACCAAUAAUUUGACGUACUGCUACUUCGACUGCACGACUGCGAACUGGAAGAACGUCUACCCGGUGGAGAAGCGGCUCGAGGGCAAGCUCCCCCCCGGGGAGGGGACGCACGCCGCGGUUAGCGGUGGUGUGGUUACCGCGGUUGGCGGUGGUGGAAGCGGUGGUGGAAGUGGCAGCGGUGGAAGUGGCUCCCCCCCGGAGAUGCACAAAAAGGGAGAGAGCAACGCGGGGGGAACCAGCCACCUGAUCGAUCUAGACCUAAACAAAGUUACCAUCAAAGUGGUAUCCCUCCUAAACGAAGACAACCACCAUGAAAUAUUCAGCAUCUGUUCCAUGGUAGAAGCACAAGGAAUCAAGUAUAUUAAUUUCUGUGGUAUAUCUUCCAAAGCAACAAAAAAAAACUACUCUACAUAUAACAAAAAUAAUGCUAAACUAUUCGACUCAGAAAAAAACCUACUAGAUGCAUUUCUACAAAAAUUCAGAACCCAAGAUACGGACAUCUAUAUUGGAUACAACAUUUUGAAUUUCGAUCUUGAAUUCAUUAUACAUAGAUGUAACGUACAUAAUUUGAAUGUAGAUUUUCUUAGUAGAAAGAAAAAGCUCAAAAAGAAUGAUAAAAUGAAAGUAAAUAAAUUCAAUGGGACUAGUAGUACUGGUUCUAUGUAUAAUAUCAUUCAGCACAUCAAGGGGAGACUUAUCGUUGAUAUUUAUAUGUUGUGCAAGGAUUUGAUUAAGCUUACUAGCUACAGCAUGGACGAGAUUAUCGACAGCGUCAGGAAUAAAUUCCAGGAGGGGGCGCGCACAGCCAGCAAGGGGAGAGCGGCAAACUCGAGCAGUGCGCCCAACCCACCCGACGGCGGCUCGUCGGGCGCGCCCCCCCCGAACGUCUUCAAAGACUUCUCCGUGAACAACAUCAACCUCCUCAACUGCAGCAACAUCCACCUGUACGACGCGCAGCAGAUCUUAGAAAAUCACCUGAACAUGUACAUACACAGUCAGCUGUUCUGUGUACAAGAAAUAGCAAAUGUAUGCAAAGUGUUGCAGAUCAUCGAAAAAACAAGAGACCUCACCAAACUAAGUGGCUACAUAUGGGCAAGGAGUCUACUAUGCUACACCAGCGAGAGAAUCGAGUACUUUCUUCUCCACGAAUACAACAGGAAGAAAUUUAUCACCCCUAUGGUUAAGAGGAGAGUUAAAAAAAUUGAAAACGAGCAAGUGAAAAACAAAGGUGCUGCGAAGUACUCAGGGGGACUUGUGCUGGAUCCCCUCUGUGGCUACUACGACACGUUUGUACUUUACUUAGACUUUAACAGCCUCUACCCCUCCAUUAUUAUCGAGUAUAACGUAUGCUUCAGCACGUUGAAGGGGAGGGCUGCGCACGCCGAGGUGGAAGCCGCCAACGGGGUGGAAGCCGCCAACGGGAUGGAAGCCGCCAACGGGGUGGAAGCCGCCAACGGGUGGAAGCCGCCAACCGGGUGGAAGCCGCCAACGGGAUGGAAGCCGCCAACGGGGUCGGCGAUCCCGCGGACUCCACAGACGUGGCGGAAGCGGACUCGGGCGAGGUACUCUCCCCAAGCGAAGCCAUCGAAAUUGAAGAUUUUGACAGAACCAAGCCAGGGAUCCUACCCUCCAUCCUUAAGAACCUUGUGGAAAAGAGAGCCUUCAUAA